AAUCGAAUUUUAAGAGCAGCAUACCCGAAAAUUAAUUUUUUUUUUUCCAUUUUCCGGAAAUUGAGCUAAUCUUUCGUCUCACUCCAAUUUAAUCAAUCUAAUCUUAUCAUUAUAGUCCAUUUGGUUCACCCCUGAAUUCCGAAUAACUGGUCGGAGAAAGUCUUUGUUAAAGAGGAAAAAGAACCAAGGAAAAGAAGUGAAAUAAUGGACCAGACGUUGCCGACGACGUCGUCCAAGUCCGAUCGCCGAUCGAAAUCAAAGACUCCGCAGGCCUCCAAACCUUCCCUGAUGAUGGCCUUCUUCUCUUGUCUCGCUUGGCUUUACGUUGCCGGACGACUCUGGCAAGAUGCAGAGACUAGAACUCUAUUGGCCUCUCUUUUGAAGCAAAAUUCAGCUCAGAGACCGAAAACGCUGACAGUUGAGGACAAGCUAACGGUAUUAGGAUGCAAGGAUUUGGAGAGGAGGAUUGUUGAAGCUGAGAUGGAGUUGACUUUGGCAAAGAGUCAAGGGUACCUGAAGAGCCAGUUUAAGCAAAGUGGUUCUGCUCCAGGGAAAAAGCUUCUGGCUGUUAUUGGAGUUUAUACCAGUUUUGGGAGUCGGUUGAGAAGGAACGUUUUCAGAGUGUCUUGGAUGCCAAAAGGUGAUGCAUUGUCCAAGCUUGAAGAAAGGGGAAUCAUCAUACGAUUUGUAAUUGGUCGGAGUGCUAAUCGAGGUGACAGCUUGGAUCGCAACAUUGAUGAGGAAAAUCGUGUCACGAAAGAUUUCUUGAUUCUUGAUGGCCAUGAGGAGGCUCAGGAGGAGUUGCCCAAGAAGGCCAAAUUUUUCUUUAGUACUGCUGUCCAGAUGUGGGAUGCAGAAUUUUAUGUAAAAGUGGAUGACAAUAUUGAUCUUGAUCUUGAAGGACUGAUUGAACUUCUUCAGAGCCGACGUGGUCAAGAAAGUGCUUAUAUGGGAUGCAUGAAAUCAGGAGAAGUGGUUGCUGAAGAGGGAAGGCCAUGGUAUGAACCGGAAUGGUGGAAAUUUGGGGAUCAGAAAUCGUACUUCCGGCAUGCUGCUGGUUCACUUUUCAUACUCACCAAAAAUUUGUCCGAGUAUAUUUACAUCAACAGUGCAUCUUUGAAGACUUAUGCUCACGAUGACACAUCUGUGGGGUCGUGGAUGAUGGGUGUUCAAGCAACUUACAUAGAUGACAGUCGCUUAUGCUGUGUUAACUCCAGACAAGAUAAGGUAUGUUCGUUAGCAUGAUAGGUGAUGCUGAUUUGCAAUGACAAAAGAUGCUACAUUUUCCUUGAGGGGGGCUGUAAACUGGCAUCUGAUACCUCUGGGAAAUCUUCUUGAGCCGAGUAUGUGGCAGCUGACGAGUGCCUGAUACUUUAGGCCCUAUCGUCGAAGAUUUGUUAAACAUUUUGCAUCAUUCUUUGCUUCACGAGUUUGGCGGCAAUUCUUUGUAGCAUAUGAUUUAUUCAAACAUGAAGGGUUAGAUAGAAAUGGUGACAAUGUAUACUUCAGAAAUUGAUUGUUGAUAGGUAAAAAAGCAAACAACAGAGCAGAAUUAGGAACAUUUCUCCUGCAUAGAGAACCGCAUUUUUUA